GCCAACUCAGCUAGUCGUUAAAUAGAAGUAGAGGAUACCCAGGCCCCACAACUCAAUCAUGAAGCUUGUCAUUGUUGGCGAUGGUGCAUGUGGAAAGACUUGCUUAUUGAUCGUCUUUUCUAAAGGCAUCUUUCCUGAGGUUCAUGUGCCUACAGUGUUUGAGAACUACGUCGCUGAUGUCGAAGUCGAUGGCAAACAUGUUGAAUUGGCUCUCUGGGAUACCGCUGGUCAAGAGGACUACGAUCGCAUCCGGCCUCUUAGCUAUCCAGAUUCGCACGUUAUUUUAAUCUGUUUUGCAAUCGACAGUCCCGAUUCGCUGGACAACGUUCAGGAGAAGUGGAUAUUCGAGGUCAUGCAUUUCUGUGCCGGACUGCCUAUCAUCCUGGUUGGGUGUAAGAAGGAUCUCAGACGUGAUCCAUAUGAGUUGCAGAAGACCUCUCAGCGCCCGGUCACACCCGAGGAGGGAAUGGCUGUGAUGCAGAAAAUUGGCGCUCGUCACUACCUAGAAUGCAGCGCUAAGACUGGUGACGGUGUUCGUGAAGUUUUCCAAAAUGCGACUCGUGCUGCCCUUCUCUCGAAAAGGGUCAAACCAAAGUCCCAGUGCAUCAUUGUCUAGACAUUAUCCACCCAUAUGCAGUUCGCCGGGGCACUGAAAGUUUCCUUCUUACCGCCCACUCAUCUUGUAGGCAGGCUUUUGGUAGCGUAUUAUCAUUUCUUGUGUAUCAUAUUUCUUUU